AUACAAGAAGAGGAGCACGAAGAAAAACACCGGAUUUAGCAUAACUUACCAGAUGUGCGUAUACAACUAACUUGUCAAUCAAACUCGACGCGCUCGCUUACUCAAUCUCGUUCUUUGUUGUUUGGCUGGUCUUGUGCUAGUGUAUUGUGGAAAGACGUAUAAUAUAAAAUUUGUCCUGCGAUUAAGUCAGUGUUUUUAUAACAUUGGCGCAUUUUUUUAACGCAAAGUUAAAUUUGAAUAAAAGGAUUAUAUAUUAAUGUUAGUUUUAAAUUAAACAUGACUGAUGAAGUAUUUUUAUCAGAAGAAAUGUCUGAAGUUCCAAAAGGUUGUAAAGAGCGUGAAAGCGAUUCGGCAAGCCUUCCUGCGAUAUCUCCGACAGAGGAUCCUAGAAAAAGCAAUUCUUCAACAGCCACAGUGGAUAAUGAAAAUAAAGUGGAAACUGAUGUGUCAGAGAAUAAAAUUAAGUAUGAAGAUGAUACUAAAUUAAAACAAAGUGACAGUGGAACGUUGUUAUCACGCGGGGGCGAAUUUGGUACCGAUGAAAUAGCAAGUGUGAGUUUAGGUGACGUUGCUCUAAAUGACCUGCAAACUACUUCUGAUAUCAGAUUUUUUAUAUGUGGCUCUUGCAAAAAUAAUCCAAUUCUUAUUGGAUCUACACCCAAGCUUCUGCCUUGUUUGCAUUCUUUCUGUGAGAAUUGUCUAAAAGAGAGGUACGAAAAACAAAAGCAAUCUUCAAAGGAUGGCUUAAGUACCCAGCCAAGACUAAAAUGUCCAUCAUGUGGGCAGGAAUUUUUGGUUGCAGCUAAUGAUAAACCUACAUCCGGGUUUCUAAAUAAUCAGUUUGUUAUUGAAUCAACACCUGCUCGAGAAACUCAAGAACCAGAAAAUCAUCAAUGUACGUCAUGCGAUGAUAAAAGCUCUGCAGAUUCGUACUGCUUAAAUUGUAAUGAAUGGUUAUGUAGUGUAUGUGUGAGUGCUCACCAACGUGUAAAAGUUACUAAAGAUCAUAUAAUUCAGUCACAAUCGAGUCGAAGUGAUCCAAAACCAGAAACAACUGAUAUUCCUCCUAAUUCAAAUAAAGAAAAACCCUUAUUUUGCAAGAUGCAUACACAAGAACAGCUCAGGUUAUUUUGUGCAAAUUGUGAUAAACUAACAUGCCGUGAUUGUCAAUUAGUUGAACAUAAAGAUCAUCGCUAUCAAUUUAUAAAUGAAGCAGCCACAAAGCACAGAGAUACUUUAAAAAAGUUAUUGCAAUAUUUGCAAAUUAACUUAGGUUUGCUGAAAGAAACGAUUGUUGAUGUAGAAAAAGUUAGUAACGGCCUAUCUGACCAAGAAAAAGAACUUGAAGGCGAAAUUAAAAAUGCAUUUGAUUCUUUAAUCAACUCAAUUAAAGUCCGACAGGAAAAUUUAGUGAAAGAGCUAAAACAGCUUGUAGUAAGCAAACAAGCUUUACUGGCCAAACAGAAAAAGGAUUUGACACAAAUGCGUAUUAUAUUAGAACAUAACCAUGAUUUUGCAGAGUUUGCAGUGAAAGGGGGUAGUAACGUUGCCCUGCUUUAUAGCCGCAAAGUUUUGGGAACUAGAUUGCACAAUUUAAACAGUCUGAAAUAUAGGCAAAGACCGCUUGCUUUUACUGACCUAAAGUUUAGUAUGGAUGUGGAUAAGCUUUGUUCAUAUUUUAGCAAAAUUGGAGCAGUGUAUUCACAUGAAGAUAUGCAAAGGCGAAUUGAUCAUUAUAACACAAAAACCCCUCCUUCAAGUAUUGCACCUAGGACUAUGGCAUUAUCAUCUAGGUCUUAUAAUAACAAAGUUCAUCAAUCACCUAUUGAAUCAAUGACUGCAAUAAAUAAACGAAUAUCUGAAUCUACUGCUGUAACAUCUUCAACGGCAUAUAUUAAUUUGUCAAAGCAAGGAUCUUUUGGAUUGCCUGGUCACCAGACCCUAAGAACCUCUGUUAGUUCACCAAAUUACAAUAAUGCAAGGUUGUCAUCUACGAUCUCACAAGAUAUGAUAGAGUUGUCUUCCUCCCAUCCUCGAUCAUUUCAAAAUGCCGACCCAGUUUCACAAAUUAAAAGAGAUAUGGCAUCAAAGUAUCGGAAAGCAUCUCAAGACUGGGCAGGAGGUGUGCCUCACAAAUCACAUAUCUACGAUAAAAGCAAACACGUGCAAUCCAGUUAUGACCAUCGCUCUUCCCAUGUAAGCUACAAUGGCAGAGAUUAUCAUCGAAAAUUAUCUCUAACUUCUCCUCACAGAGAACAUCAUUCAAAUAGCCAGAAUAAAAUUGAACAACCGCAUCAUUCAAAAAACAGUACAAUUGACCAACUACAAAAAAUGGUUACGAACACACUUGGAUCAGGUAUUUCAUCUUAUGAUGGGAUGGAGAGGCCAUCUCCAAGAGCCUCUGUUAGCGAUGUCCAAACUGGCAGAUUAUCAGCUAAUGGAAUGGUACUUGUGAAAGAAGAAAGCAAGAGUCCAGAUGUUGGUACAUAUCAGAUGAGCUUGCCACAUAAUCCUGAUGAUAGACAAAAUGAUGCUGCUUUUGACGAGGGGCAGAGUAACGAAGACUACUGUGGUGUAUGUCGUAAUGGUGGUCAGUUAUUGUGUUGUGACACCUGUCCAAAAGUGUAUCAUUUAAAUUGUCAUGUACCUGCAUUGACUGGUUUACCAAGUGAUUCGUGGAGUUGUGGCUUGUGUGCUGAUAUUGGUAAUGAUACCAGACCAGGUCACAAACGGCGGUACACAGAACAACUAACAGAUUGGGAAAGAAAGUUGACAGAGAAGAUUAUACUGAGUCUGUUUGUGCAUGCCGAUAGUCUUCCAUUCCACCACAAAGUUAGUAAAGUGCAAGUACCAGACUAUUAUAAGGUGAUCACAAAACCAAUGGACUUAAUGACUGUCCUCACCAAAAUGAAUCCGCAACACUUCGAAGCUUACAAAACGUUUGAAGAUUUCAUCAGUGAUAUCCGAUUGGUAUUUUCAAACUGCUUCAUUUAUAACUCUGCGGAAUCUGACGUAUGCAAAAUGGGACGUCGUCUGGAGGCGCAUUUUGAUACUUUGUUGAAAAAGCAUGCCCCAGACGCAAAUGCAUAUCCGAGCAAUGAACCAAGAAUCAAAAGACGAAAGGAAGACAAUUCGCUUGCGUAGCUAUGGUACCAUUUAUUUUACGACGAAAAACACCGACACGCUGCGACUUUCUGACGAACCUGAAAGACGACGCUUUGAACGACGAGAAAUACAUAAUGAAGAAUCGACAUCUCUAAAUAUAUUAAUGUGUGAAAAAAUCUGUAGUUUAAGUGUGAAUUGAUGUAAUGUAUAUAAUACUUAUGUGGUAAAAACCAAGGCCUGUUAAAAGGUAAACCGAA